GGUAUGGCAAAUAUAAUAAUGUAUUUGUAUCCAAUUUUUCGCUCUAUGGAGGACAAAUAUGGAGUCUCUCCUCUUGAAAUUCUUGCUACUAGGACAUCAGCUUUCGAGAGUAGUAAAAAUCAGCUAUCAUGGUGGAUGAAAAUUCUUUACAACUGUAUUUCUGUCAAAGUCUCAGAUCCAAAAACUAGAAUUAAAUUGUAUGGCGUUGAAGACAUUGCUCACCAAGAAAAAGGUGAUCAAAGAAUACCAUCAUACAAUGUUGAUGACUUGGAAAAGGCAUGCAAAGUACGACAUACUCUUGCUCGACUAGAUUUUACUGCUAAGAUUUUAUGUCACUGCAUUCAAAUGUUUGUAUUCGCCAUAUGGCAUACCCUGUUUUCAUCACCAAGAAAAAGAUGGUCUACUCAGUCACUGUUGGGGGCAAUAAAGAGGGUUAAGAUGGAGCACAUAUGCGGUAGCCAUCUCUUGGAAGCAUUUAUGAAAGAUCCUUAUGAGUCAUACAUGUGUGGUGGGGCUGAUCCCUUUGAUUAUGGAGAACAUGACGAAGAAAUAAAAGAGAAAGCUGAGAGUUUUUUUGAAGAUGUCAGGCGCAAACGGGAAGAGGAGGAUUUAAAAAAGAAUUCAAAACAAGAGAGAGAAGGAAAUCAAAACAUGGAAGAUUUGGCUAAAAAUGGCGUAGUUGAAAUUAUGGAAGAGCUUAAUUCAAAAGUAAAGGCAUCUGACAAGAAAGGCUUAUUACUUGUAGCAAUGAAGGAAUUAGAAGCAAAGAAAAGUGGCACAAAUGAUACAGCAUAUUUGCGUGCAGCAAAACAUGGCAUAACUGAAAUCAUGCUUGCGCUUGAAUCUAAACUAAAAAGUGUCAUCCAUGAAACUAACUCUGACAACGAAAAUGCAUUACUUAUAGCAGUGAAAUAUAGACAGCCACAAGUUGUUGAAGGGUUGUGGAAGAGGCUUUCUAUGGAAACCUUUCAGAGCAUAAAUCAACAAGUUGAUAUCAAUGAAAACACCAUUUUACACUUAGCAGCAUUUACAGCAACACACAACGAAAACAAUGCUUGGAGGAUAUCUAGUGCGGCCAUGCAAAUGAUGUGGGACAUCAAGUGGUACAAGUACAUUAAAAGACUAGUACCAGACCAUUACCAUCAUAGAAGCAACAACGAUAGAAAAACCCCAGGUGAAAUCUUUAAGGAGGAACACAAAGAACUUCUAGAUAAAAGCAUUGAGUGGUUGAAAGACACAUCACAGUCAUGCUCAGUUGUAGCGGCACUCGUCGCAGGCGUCUCCUUUGCUACAUCAGGCAGCGUCCCCGGAGGUAAUCAGAAUACUGGAAAACCAACAUUCGAAGGACAGCCUGCAUUCGAAGUAUUCUCUAUAUCUUCGUUAAUUGGACUUUACUUCUCUGCCACUGCACUCAUCAUGUUCCUUGCUUUACUCACUUCUCGAAAACAAGUCGAAGACUUCAAUAGAAACUUGCCAUUGAAACUUCUUUUUGGGUUUAGUUCUCUCUUCGUAGCCAUUGUUGCCAUGUUCAUUUGUUUCAUUGGUGGACACUACUUUGUGCUCACAGAUAAAUAUACCAAGAGUGGUAUCUUGUUCUAUUUAUAUAUUGCCAUUUGCUUGCCUAUCACAUUCUAUGCAGUUGAGCAUUUUCCGUUAUAUAUUGAUCUUCUCAAAGUUAUUUUGAAGAAGGUGCCACCACCAAGUAUCAAGGGUGUUAAGUUGUAGAGGUGUUUAUUUUAUUGUAUUGCUUUGUGGAUUGAAACUAAUGAGUUUGGUUUGUACUUGAAUAAGGAGUUCUGUGUUUAUUAUGUUUAGGGUACUGGUAUGAUUGUAGUGUGAUUUGACUCUUUUUGUAUCAUUAUAAGGUGUGAUGAGGAUUAUAUGAAUUUUGUCGUAUCUAAA